CAAUAGGUAGCGGGUAGUUAGGGUCAGCGCGGCGCUGAUUGGCCCCUUACACUUCCAGAGAUUUGUUAACGCGCUUUCACUGAACGAGGCAUUUGUAGGGGAAGAACCGUAAGCGCUGUCACUUUCCUACAACUAUGGCGUACCCUGGAUAUGGAGGCUUUGGCAACAUGAAUCCUCACAUGCAGAUGAUGGGACAGACCAUGGCGCCACCGAACCUGCAAGGUGCAUACUUUGGGCAGCCCCAGUAUCCUGAAGGUGAUCCCAUGUGGGGGUAUUUCCGAGCUGUGUCUGGACAGGAUGGUGAAAUAGAUGCAGAAGAACUACAGAGAUGCUUAACACAGGCUGGAAUCAAUGGCAACUAUACUCCUUUUAGUUUGGAGACAUGCCGAAUUAUGAUUGCCAUGUUAGAUAGGGAUCAUACUGGCAAGAUGGGAUUCAAUGAGUUCAAAGAACUGUGGGGGGUCUUGAGUGCCUGGAAGCAAAAUUUUUGUACGUUUGAUCAGGACAGAAGUGGAACAGUGGAGCCACAUGAGUUAAACCAAGCCAUCUUCGCAAUGGGUUACAGGUUAUCUCCUCAAACACUGAACUCCAUUGUAAAACGUUACAGCAAAAGUGGCCGAAUUUAUUUUGAUGACUACGUUGCUUGCUGUGUGAAGCUUCGUGCAUUAACAGAUUUGUUUAGGAGGAGAGAUGGCAUGCAGCAAGGAUUUGUUAAUUUUAUAUAUGAUGAUUUUUUGCAGUGCACCAUGGCAAUCUGAACCCUCUCCAGGCAAUUCAAGAAGAAUGGCAUUAUAACCCAACAUGUGAACUGUAAUGUAUGGAAGGAACUGAGCAUCAUAGCUGUGAAUUUGGGCCAUCAUCUUUCACUUUGUAAAGCAUUUGCAGCAUAUAUUAUCAGAAUUUGGAUAUCCCUCAUACAUGCAUGCACACUUCUAUAGUGUAUACUUUGGAAAUCAGGAUGCGCUCAAAAUUGCCAUUUAAUAAUACACACAGUUAAAGGAUCUAUUAUCUUGAAGCCGGGGAAGCUCCAUGAUGCAGCAACCCCUUGCCCUUAAUGAACUUUGCUUUGCCUUUUCUCUCUUAAUAAUUUGUGCAAUUAGUGUGAUGCUGAUUAAGUGGACAAAAAUCAAUGUUGAUGGCAAAAACAAUCUUUUUUUUGUUUUUUUCUUGAAAUUUUUUUAGUAGCCUUGAGGCACAGUGCUCCCAUUAUCUGGAAUGGUAUUGUGGGUAAUCGAUCCUUUACAUGUACCAGUUUGCAGUAAGGCAGCACUGGAUAAAUGAAAGCAAAAGUUUAUGCACAUUUUUGUUCUGUUUUAGUUCGAUCUUUGGCCGAAUCUCCAGCCGAGGAUUCUGUAUUCCCUUGUUUUUUUACAUACACCUUUAUUUACUGCAUUAUGGGAAACUGUUUUCUAUUUACAGCCUGGAUUUCAAGACUUAUUGGGGAUUAAACGUAACUCCCUUGGGGUUGCCAUGUUUAACGACGUGCUUUUUCACCAUUUUAUAAACAUAUAACAGUUGCUACGUGUGUGCAUAUUCUACUCUAAAGAACAUAGUGUGUGGGGGUUGUUUGUUUAGCUGCAAAUUCAGGUCAUUUAUAUUAAAGGGAUACCAACACUGUUUUAGCAUUAGUGCUGUUCCCAGGACCUAAUUUCCUUGCCACUAUUUUCAGGGCUAGAUCACCCUCAGAUUCUAAGCCCCCAGGUGCAAUGGAGCACUGUACUUGCCUGCUUUUCUCUAUGGGAGUGCAGGCCAGUUUUCUAAAGCACUUCUUGGUAAGUUAAGGUGGUCAUACACUAUUUGGUGGGGUUGCCAAGAAAGCUAAUCUUUACACAAUCUGGCCAAAAAUAUACAAGGCCAAGUCAGUCCUUUAGGCCCUGGGGCAAUUAUCUGAUCAUAAUGGGGCCUAUGAAGUCAGUUGGAAGAGGACUGCAUUAAAUAGCCAACAGGAUUUUUUUAAACUGCCUCAUUGUCCGAUUUUCAGACAGUUGGGAGGGCUGAGUUAGCAGCUUUUAUCUGCGGGUGCAUGGCCACCUUGAGUCUAGGUAUCUGGGCUGCUGUAGCUUUGAGUGAUUGGAAUACAAGUGCCAUCCUCAGGAUUCUGAGUGUUGGACCCUGUACAGCAUUUAUUUUAGAAUUGUGUUAGCACAGAUCACAGGGAUACACCUUGCAGUCGGGUGUCACUCACCAUAUGAUCACAUUGGAUUGUUGGGGUUUACAGAACGGCAGUAGAAUUCUUAAAUAGGUCAGAAGUGAACCAAAAACAGGUUUCACCAUUUACCUCUAUAAGCAGAAAUGAUGGUCUCUUCUACACAAACCAGACCUUCUUGGAAGGUUAAGACUUCACCAUGCAUUCAUUAUCAAUGUUGUACUUGAUUUAUUUUGCCAUUGUUUUUUUUUUAUAUACAAGUAUUUUUACCGAUAAGUGCUGUGACGUAUAGCGUGAUUGAUUGGCACCAUUGUUAUAAUGUCUUCUUUCUGCAACAAACACGAAUAAUAUUGCAAUUACUGAAUAAAUUAUUCUACAUUCA